AUGAUUAUGAGGAGAGCGAGACUACUGGGAGGAUUAUUGCUAAUUACAGUCAGAGCACAGGACCAAUCAAGCAACCUGUGGAAGAAUUGCGAUCCAAAUGGACAGAGAGCUUGCUGCAUUAGCAACUGUAAAUGCUUGUACGAAGAUGAUCAGACCAUCAACAAAAUUGAGUGCACUGAUAAAAAAUUGCGCGUGAUUCAGCAACCAAGUCAGCCUGCUUCGAUCAAAGAAUAUGACCUUUCCCGUAACAAUAUCGAGAGCAUCCCGAGGGACACCUUCAAGGGCAUGCUCUCUUUGGAGACGUUGAACAUUUCCCGGAACUCGUUGUCUUCCCUCGAUCCAGGUUCCUUUUCCGGGCUUUCCCAGACGCUUCGUGUUUUGGACUUGAGCUCAAACAACUUCCAGCAGCUCCCGACUCGUGCUUUCAAGGCGGUGCUCGGACUGACAAAAUUGUACGUUUCGCGCAAUCAAGUGAAGAAACUCGGCCCACUCGAGUUCGCUCCUCUUGGCAAUUUGUCCCUCAUCGACAUUAGUUUCAACCCGGGCGUGGAAGUUUCCGAUGAUGCCUUCAGGCAACUCGAUAAUUUACGCGAUUUAGUCUUCAAAAACUGCAAGUUAACAAAGAUCCCGGAUUUUACCGAUGCCCGCCGCGAAAUUCGCCGUUUGAACUUGGCCGGCAAUAAUUUAGUGAAAAUCACGACGACGAACUUCAAAAAUAUGCGAUUGCUGGAGACAUUGAUUUUGAGGAAUAAUGCGAUUACUUCUAUCGACCAAGGGUCAUUUGAGGGUCUCGAAGCGUUGAAGGUCCUGGACUUGUCGAAUAAUCAACUUACCACUUUGCCUGAAGGUUUAAUAUUUUACACCAACGUGCUCCAAAAGCUGUAUCUGACGGGGAUGAAGUGGAACUGCGACUGCGACAUUUGGUGGCUCACUGAACUCUUCAGCAAGCGGCCGGAUUUGCUCGAAAGUGCAGAUUCAAAACCGAAAUGUGCUCAGCCGAUAAAAUGGCUGAACUAUCCGCUGGACAAGCUGAACGACAAGUACUCCGGAGCCUGGUGCAAGACUAGAAAGUUCUUCGUGAACAAAUUCGCCCGGACAGGUGUCGAAGGCUCGGACAUUCAACUCGAGUGCAAAUCGCUCAGGUCACAAUCAAACGCCCAGCAAAAUGGCCAGAUAAAGUGGUUUGGGCCCGAUGGAAAGGACAUCACCUUACAGUCGCAAAAUUACAAGACGCGUGUUCAAGUAUCCGGCUCAACGCUGAAAAUAAAGAGCUUGCGCAUUGAUGAUAGCGGCACUUGGACAUGCUAUAAUGAAGACACUGAUUACGUCGCGGACACGGAGUUUACCGUCACCCCAGCAUCGGGCGGCCCAACAACAUUAUUCUCGACAUCGACGAUCCGCGCCGUCGAGUCCGUCACUUCUGGCCCGAACGCGGUGCUGAACACCGAGCAGUCUGCUCCCGCCGCCUCGCCUUCUAUCGUCAAAGCCGCCGCGGAAAAUUCCGAAGCAAAAACAAGCAGCAGCGACAGUACUAGCACUGGCGAGCCGCUACGGAGGACGAGGCUCGUGAUUAGUUUAUUUAUUGGUUUGACGGUUGUCUGCGCUAUUGUUUUAAUUGUCUUUUACAAGAAGCGAAGGCGAAAGUCGCACAGAAAUGAUUGGGAAACGCGAAAACUCAGGCCGGAGGAACAAAAUGGGAAUGCAGGAGGAAGGGUUUCUGGACAACAACUGACUCGUUCCUCGAUUUCUUCGCACAGGAAAACUGACGAGCAAAUUCGCCCUCUUCGCCAAUCACCCCCAAUCGACCCCGAAGACGCUCUCGGAACCCCAAUCGGACCGCCGGAGACGAUUUCAAAGAGCAGGAUCGAAAGUAGCGGCGCUGGAACACUUCCUUCCCAGAAAACACGGUCCAAAGCGGAUAUUGCCGAAGAUCGAAGAGAAAAUCGAAAAUUUCAUUCUCAACCGGGAACUUUAGGGAGAAAUGGAAGAGUGAAAGAUAUCGUUCAUCAUUUAGAGUCAAAUCCACCAAGAUGUGUUACGAAUCCCAGCUCGCCAGUGAAAACAACUCCCAAUGGAGUCGCAACUCUUGGUAAUCAUUCUCAAUCGCACCAUGUGUACAGAACGCGAACGCUGAGCAAAAGCGAAAUGGAACAGAAUCUGACGUUUUUGCCCCAAAGCAUCGAAAAACUUCCCCUUCAGGAGACUGCCAUCUGA